AUGAGUCGUGGGUUAGAAGAUUUCGAGAGGUUGAAGGGGGAGAUGAUUGAAUUUACAGAGAAAGUUGAUAAACAUUUGGAAGAUCGGAAAAGAACUGUUAAAGACGUGGUCGAUUCUCAUAAACGUGAGAUUGAACAGUUGGUAGAGCAGAAUGAAAAGCUUGUGAUUCAUUUGGAGUCGUUAUUGAAAGAGCAGAGUUCAUUGAAACACGAGAUUUCUACAUACGAGUCGAGUACCGAUGAAGUUAAGACAAAAAUGAAGAUGGCACAAGUAAGGAAAGAACAGAUAGAGAAAGAAUUGAAGACGUUGAUGAAUGAGUCUAAAGAGCUGGACAGGAUGUUGGAACAAAAACAACAAGAAAUUGCCAAACGCAAAGAAUUCUUGUCACAACAAAUACAAAAGGACAACCCAGAGGUCAAAAUAUAUGAAAAAUUAUUAGGAAUGAAUAUAGAUGCAACAAAACCAUCUACACUCCGUUUCAGUUUCAAUAAUGUGCUGGAGACAGGAUCAAAUGGACUCAAUAUACUUCAAAUUAUACUGGACAUCUCCGGAGAUCAAUAUAAAGUCGUUGAAUCAUCGCCACAAUUGACUCCAAAUGCAACAGAAACUCUGGAAACCCAAUUAAAUAACACUAACGAUAUCCCAAGAUUCCUAACGAACGCCAGAUCACUACUACUAGAGGCAUCGUCAUCAACUUCUCAUCAAGAGUAG